AUGAUUCAAAUUAUUUUCGUUUUGUUUUUAUUAUUUAAUGUGGUGACAUUGGAAGGAAAUAUGUCGAAUUAUGAAAACAAAGGUCUUAUAGCCAACGGACAAAUAUACGACGUCGAGAAAUAUCCGUUCGUAGUGAGCAUAGUAAUAAACACCUUCCUAAAUUCCAUUGCGGCAAAGGCUAUUUGCACGGGCUCGUUAAUAUCGCAAUGGUUCGUGUUGACCGCUGCACAUUGUACUCAAAACACGACAAUUGCUGACAUAAAUGUAUUUCACGGUAAUAGUCACCAGCAGAUUCGGCACAUAUAUCAACACAAUAUGUAUAAUCCAAUAACAUUUUUAGCAGACAUCUGUUUGUUGAAAUUACGAAAACCGUUUAAGAAUGUCGACCGUUAUAUAAGUGUAUCUGGCCAUCCUGACGAUUUUUCUCAUGGCAAAAGCUUGAAUUGUGUAGUUAUUGGGUUUGGAAUAACUGCAGAUGUUUCGAAACCUAACUUGAUAGGGUACAUGACUAAUUCAAGUGUCACGUACGGUCCUACAGCAUGUCAAUUGUCUAACAGAUCGAAUAUAAUAGAUACGUGGAAAGAAUAUUUGUGUUCAAAACCAGACAUCCAUAUGGUAUGUCCUGGGGACAGCGGCGGCCCAUUGAUUUGUAAUGGAUUUCUGUAUGGAAUAGCCAGUCACGGAUACAAUUUUAAAGAACUUAGUAAGAAUUUCGAAUGUGGAAGUUCCGACAUUCAGACUAGACAUUUAUUCGUACAUAUUUACGAAAAAUGGAUAACUAAUAUAAUAACAAAUAUAGGAAGCCCGUUAAUAUCACAUUUUAAUUUAUAUUUUAUUUCUAUUAUGUUAGUAUUAUACACCGUAAAUGUUUUAUAA